CUCUUUUGCAUGAAAAGUUUAGAAUUUUGAAAGAAAUUGGUUUCCUGGAUUUAUGGCAGCCAUGUCGAAGUUUAAAUGGGUUCAGUUGUUCUUUACAUGUGUAAUUAGUGUAGCUUUUGGCCUUGAAUGUCGUCCGAAAGGGAAAUGUUCAUGUGAAAUGUCGGAUGGAUCUGGUACUAUCGACCUCACUCCUUUGAGUAACACGAAUCCCCCAAGAUUCAAAGGGGUGAAAGAAAGCACAAAUCCAGAUUUUUCUUUUGAUUAUGAUCCUUGUAAAACAUUCAAUAAUGGACAAUGCAAUAAUGUCUUUGUUUGUCAAAUGUAUAAAGACAAUGUUAAUCAAUACAAUGCAGGAAAAAUUUUUGGCACAAAAAUUUCUGGCAAUAAUGAAGUACAGUUUAUCUACAACGACUUACCAAUUGCAGUGAGGAAAACAGUGGUUACAUUAAAAUGCGAUGAUAAAGUAAAAGAAGAUAAACUUUCUGACUUUGCAGAACUGACAAAAGAUUCGUAUACUGCCACGCUGACAUCAAGAUAUGCUUGCCCUGUUAAAAAUAGCUCGUCAAGCAAAAGGCAUGGAAUCAGCACUGGCACAGUCUUAUGCAUCUUGCUUCUCGUUGCUGUAGUUAUUUAUCUUGCCCUUGGGAUCGUCAUCAAUAAGUAUGCCCGUAAGAAAGAAGGGAAGGAAUUGGUACCAAACGCAAGUUUUUGGGCCGAUUUUCCAUCGCUAGUCAAGGAUGGCUGUGUGUUUUCUUUCGGCAAAGUUAGAGGGAAGCCAAGUGAAUAUGAACGUAUUUAAUUAUGAGAAUGAUAUUUUCAAUUGAAGAAGAACGCUGUUUUCAAUGGAUUGGCUUGUACAAGAAAAAUAACGCUGCUGUUAUUUCAAAAUUAUUUAUGAAAAUGGAACAUUGUUUAUUUACCGAUGUAAAGGACAAGCAUGUAUUUUGACAUCAAUUGGUUUUGUAUAAAGUUAAGUUUUGCACCAUUGUGAUAUAUUUUCAUUCAUAACUUUUUUCUUUGU